AUUUUUUCCCUGUCAUUUUGGAGCAGCUGACAUGGAAGUUUCUCUAGUAGUGUUCUACUUUGUGUUAGUGAACAGCCACCUUGCUCAAGCUACUGAACGGAUAAUAGACGGGGAAAUUGUCCAGGGAAUAAAAAAGCCCUCCUUCCUGUCAAUAUUCAAUUUCCAACCUGGUUCAUCAGUGAAGUGUAGUAGCUCUAUAAUUGCUUCCUUUUGGAUUGUAUCAGCAGCGCAUUGUAUUGUGAGUAAGAAAUUAAUAACAGAAGGAUCUUGUUUGGAUAAUUACGAUAAAGCCAAGUUCAAAACAUUAUGCGAAAUCCAACCAAACGGUGAUAUGAAGCUAAUCUUUCCAGCGCAAAAAGAAAAAACUCCAGAGGUGUAUGUUGGAGUUGAUGAUCUGAAUUAUGAACAUGAUGAUGAAACUAAAAAGUUUUUAGUUGAUUUUAUUAUAAGUCACAGAGAUGGUUAUCAAGGGGGAAAAUACGGAGCUUUUGGAGGCUAUGAUAUACUGCUGUUGAAAACUAGGAAUCCAAUGGGUGAAAUGCUUAGGGCGUGCCUUCCUAAGCCUAGUUUUACGGUCUCCGACCCUCUGAUUGGAGGAUAUGGACGCUACAGAAGGAUACCUUGUGAAGUUAACGACAUGGGUCCAAAUGUUUACCAGUUUUGCAAAAUGGACUCAAAGUGUAUGAAAAAUGAAGAAAACAAAAAGUAUCUAUGUGGGGUAAAUUUUAAUUACAAGAAUAAGGUUUAUAAAAAUUGUAUAAAAGAUGAUACUCCUAGUUCUCAAAAUCCAAUUUGUCAAGAUUUUUUUGACGAAACAAAUCUUACGACGGCUGAUUUUUUAAGAAAAAAUGUAAAUGAAAUUGCCAUUUUUGAUCAAGAUCUGAACUCGGUUCUAACUAAAUGUUACCGGUCCAGUCCUGGCCGCUAUGGUUGGUGUGGAAUCACUAAAAAUAUUAUCAGCAGUAAACAAAAUAAGAAGAAGGAUACGAUUGUAGCCUAUGAUGAUGGCUGGGGAUUUUGUUCUGAAUCUUGCGGAAAAAGUAAAAAUACAGCAAUAUCAGGCCAGGCCCGUGUUAAGAAGGUUCAGAUUUUAGAUCAAGAAUUCUGUGAUUCUAAUCUGAAAUCCACAAGAGAAGGAAAGACACCGUUUACUGUUAUGCCUAAGGUUUACUGUGUUGCCUACAAUGAAACCUUUAAAACUGCAUUUUAUAAAAAGGUUCAUAAUGGAUUGUAUGAAGAAUUAGAUUCAAAGUUAGAGUACCAUAUAAAGCUGGGUAGAGAGCAUCAAUGGUAUACAAGGUCGACCGGAAGUUGUCGGGGAGACUCAGGAGGCCCUCUUUAUGUUCAG